AUGGACAAGGAGUAUUACCAAAAGUGGAGAGCUGAGAAAGACCCUUCCUUCGCACAAGAGCAAGCAUUCCAAACAAGUUUAUCUAAAUUUUACGGAGCUGAUGAUUCAGACUCCCCAUUAAAGAGACCUUUACCAGCUGAAAAAGAAUUAAGAAAACAAGAGAUCCUUAAGCAAACUUCAGCAAUGUUUACUAGAUCAGAUUCAUGGCACAACCCAGACAAGCGUACUGUCGGAGUCUUCUAUGAAGACUCCAACCCUGAAAAUUUAACGAAAGAAGAAAUGAUGAACAUCGAAAAAAUGAGCCGAGUUAGCAACACCAUUUUUAGACCUAACACCUACCAAAACGAGGACUGGAAAAUUGACGUGUUAACCUCCACUACACAUGCUGAGCAUUGCAAAGAACAAUUUAACGGUGAAGAGCCAGACAAAAAAUUUAACUUGAGGAGAACUGUCAUUUCAGAGUACUCCAAUGCGCUUCAUAACCAGACGGUUUUCAUCAACCCAAAGUUCACUUCUUGCUAA